AUGGACAUUGGUCUGUGCUGCAGAUCAGACAGUGGUGCAGUCAUCACAAGAUGGAGUAGGGCGGCGGUCAUCAUUCAUCUGGAAUUAUCCACACUGUAUUCAAGGAAGCAGUUGGAGGUGUACAUACAGGAAACAUCUGUGCAUAUUCUUCUACCUUCCAAGUUGGAAAAACAUGAAGGCCAGAAAGCGCCGCUGACUGAGAAGCAGGAACGAGUACACUCGGCCCUGAACAAGAUGCUCGCCAUGGGUUUCAGCAACGAGGGCGGAUGGCUGGAGAACAUUCUCGAUCAGCAAGACGCUAGCAUUGAACGCGUUCUCGAGAUGCUGCUGCCCCCAUCAGUUGUCGGACGUGUUGUUGAUUAAAUCGUCAAUCAAUCACUCAUUGAUGAAACGAUUCUAUCAUAAAUAUUUACAACCUAAUCAUCUUUACUUUAUUAUUGGAUUCUAUUGAAACUGAAACCAAGCAGAUCUAACUUAACAAUGUCUACUGGAACCAGAAUCAUCUAUUAUUGUAUGCCAAGUUCUAUUCUGACGUAAUUCAAACCACAUGGAUUGGUUCGUGAAUUCUGCUCUUGUUGUCAUCAUUCUUCGUACAAAGAUUGAUCAAAUCUCUGAUCAAUAACUGAUGAAGAAUCACUCAAAAUCAGAAAUAUUAAUAAUUCCACAUUAUAAAUAUUAUCAGAUUCAACAGUUGAAGCCAAUUAUCAAUGUACGUGUCAAAUACAGUGAACAUAUUAAUGGAACUAUUCCCACUCAGCCCGGCCGAAUAGUCCCAUCAAAACUUGAGGGAUUGAUAUCAUCAAUAUGAUUUGAAUAGAAUCAAGAAUAAUUAUUAUUGAUUGUCAGAAUCCGCUUUUCAUUCCUGCAAAAUCAAAAUGAAUUUUUUGUAAAAUCUUCAAAGUUGUUGAUCAGAACGUUUAUAGUUAGCUGUUCUAUUUCUAGUUGUAUUUUUUAUUUGGCAGUUAAUGAGAAUUCAUUAUCAAUAAUUGAUUGUUAAAUCAGUUCUAUUAUUUUGAAUACUAUAUUUAUCUACUG